CCGUUUUUUUCAACGCAGCACAAGUUCAUCCCAUCCACUCGUUUACGCGCAUGCGCCAACAUCAGACGAAACGAAGAUGGCGUCAGCACCUGAUUACAGUUCCUACAACCAGGCCGGUGCCCAGCAGGGAUAUGGCUCCUAUGCUGCUCAGCCCUCACAGGGCUAUGGACAAUCUGCCCAGCAGGGUUAUAGCCAGCAAGGAUAUGGGUCCUACGCCCAGCCUGCUGCAGCUGAGACCGGAUACUCUCAGGCAGCACCCUCUGCUGGCGGCUAUGCGCAGCAGUAUGGUUCCUCCUAUGGGCAACCAGCACCAGCUGGGAAUAAAACAGCUGGGUACCCUGCUGCCCAGCCCAGUGCCCAUGGCUACUCCCAGCCUGCCGCAGGUUAUGGAGCCAGUGGAUAUGAGAGUGCUCCUGCUGCUGCUCCUGCUGCCUCUCAGCCUUCCUAUGGCUCCCAGCCAGGCUAUGCAGCCCAGUCUGCCUACGCUGGCUACAGCCAGCAGGCUGCUUCCACUGCACCUCCCAGCAGCCAGCCAGCUGGCUACAGCCAGAGCAGCUACUCCCAACCAGGGGGAUAUGCCGCGCAGCAGAGUGGGUACCAGGCCCAGCAGGGAAGCUAUGGGCAGCAGCAGAGUGGGUACCAGCAGCAGCAGCCCCCACCUCAGCAGCAACAGGCCCCUGCCGCGGCCUACCCUCCUCAGGCCUCAGGUUCCUACGGGCAGCCUGCAGGCAGCCAGUAUGGACAACAAAGUGGGCCUCAAAGUGGUUACAACCAGUCAAGCCAUUACAAUAACUAUGGACAGGAGGGCAGAGGCAGCUCUGGCUACUCUGGCUCUGACCCUGCUAGGUUCCCAGGGGCAGGGGAGAGCCGUGGGCCACCCAGGGAUGGCUAUGACAGGGGCGGCAUGAUGCACGGUGGCAGGGGACGUGGGGGCAUGGGCCGUGGAGGCAUGGGCGUCGCUGGAGACAGAGGUGGCUUCAAUAAGCCCGGUGGACCCAUGAACAACGGGGCAGUGCGUAACAUGGGGCGCCCUGAGGAGCAGGAUGACUCUGAGAACAGCACCAUCUACAUCACAGGACUCACAGAGAACGCCACUCUGGAGGAGAUGGCUAUCUUCUUCAAAGACCCUGGACCCAUCAGGAUGAACCGGAGGUUGGGCAAGCCUGCCAUCAACAUCUACACAGACAAUGAUUCCGGGAAGCCCAAGGGAGACGCCACACUGUCCUACGAGGAGCCCUCCUUUGCCAAAGCUGCUGUAGAGUUAUUUGAUGGGAAAGAGUACCAGGGCAGGAGGCUGAAGGUGUCCAUGGCUCGCCGUAAGCCCAUGAUGGGUGGAAUGAGAGGGGGCAUGUCCAUGAGGGGUGACAUGAUGGGCCGUGGAGGACCUGGAGGCAUGAUGGGCCGUGGAGGAGAGCGUGGAGGUUUUGUCCCACGAGGAGGACCACAUGGUAUGGGCAGAGGUGGGCCAGGUGGCCCAGGUGGCAACAUGCAGCAGAGAGCUGGAGACUGGGAGUGCCCCAACCAGGGCUGUGGCAACCAGAACUUUUCCUGGAGGAUGGAGUGUAACCAGUGCAAAGCUCCCAAACCAGAGGGCUUUGGGCCCCCUUCAGGUGGUGAGCGAGGCAGGGGUGGCAUGGGGAUGCGUGGGGGCAGAGGGAUGGACCGUGGCGGGCCAGGAGGGCCUGGAGGCUUCCGUGGAGGAUGGGGAGGUGACCGUGGCGGUGGAUUCAGGGGACGUGGUGGAAUGGACCGAGGGGGAUUCCGAGGGUCUAGCAGGGGAGGACCGCCUAUGGACCGAGGAAGAGGAAUGGGGAGAGGAGGAAUGGGGGGGCCCCCAGGCAAGAUGGAUAUGAGGGACCAUCGCCAGGAACGCAGAGACCGACCCUACUGAACAACAGCAAUUUGAAUUUUCCAUUUAGUGCAGGAUUUGAUUUUUAAAAUGAAAUUAAUUUAUGAUUCCGUUUUUAUUAAUGGUUAUAGAACUGCUUUUGAAAUACUCUGGUGCAGUUUCAUUCAACUCGUAGGUAAACGUUUAGUUUUUUUAUAGUUUUAUUUACCCUUGGUUCAGUUAUUUUGACUUGUGCAAGUUUAUUUUUUGCAUUUCUUAGAUGUACAGACUGAUUUUGACAGUUUAUUGUAAAACAUGACACUUCUUUUUUAAUUGUAAUUGCUUCUCCUUCCUAUAGCUGUGUAAUGAUAAACAAUUUUGAAAAUAAAAUGUCCACCCUGAUUUGAUGCUAAAAGAAGUUCAGAUCCAUUGCUGUUAUGAGGCAUCAUGAAUGGUUGACUUUUUACAUUUGUCUUCAUCUUGGUUCUCAAAUGGUGGGAAAAGUAGGAAUUGUACAGCUCUACAGCAAUGUUCUCUUUCAGAAUUGUCAACAAUGAGGCACUGUAAUAUGCAGCUUUGAAAGAAUGCUGGCAUGAUCUGUUUGACCAACAACUGUUGAAGAUACAUCAGCUGUCAUAGAGGAUUUGUCUUCAUGUUGUAUUGCAAUCAUAUAGUCAAUGAACACACUUUCAAUACUGCUUUGUGUAACGAGUUUGACAACUAAACUGCACAUUUACCAGUAAGAAUGAAGAUCAACUGCUUUCAGGCUUUGCUUUACAGAAUUGCCUUGAUGUCUUUGCAUUUUCUUUUCGACUUUGAGAAACCUCCCAAUCCAAUCAAGAAACAAUGGAUGUUAUUAACCACAGAUGUCAGCCACCCCUGUCUGUGAAUGAUACCACAUUUGCAUCUGUUCAGCAUAUGUCCACAGUGAUCUGAGCCCUUUGAUAAUCACCCUUCUCUUCCCAAUGAAAAUGAAUUGAUUGGCUUUGUUUAAA